AUGUCCAUCCAACGAAUCCCAUAUUCCGCUCCCCAGGAGGCGUUCAUAAACGCCCUCAAACGCGACGGCUGCGUGAUCGUCCAGGACUUCACAACCCUCGAGACCCUCGAACAAGCCCGGCGCGAGGUCGAGCCAUACCUAAACAAAGACAGCAACAGCCAAGUGGGUGCCCUAAACGGCGGCACAAGAACCUGCACGCGCCUCAUCAGCCGCAGCAAGACGGUCCGCGAGCAGUUCUUCUCAGACCCUCUAUACCAGUCCCUCGCCGAGUCCUUCCUCGCCAUAACAACAACAGCCUGGUACAACGACGAGCCGUCCACAAAUACCAGCCACCCGCUCCUCUCAAUCGCCAUAACCAUGGCCAUCCAACCCGGCGCAAAAGCCCAGAAACUCCACCGCGACGACAAGAACCACCACGCGCGGCAUGCGCCUGUAACAACCUAUCCGGACCUCAAGAGUCAGAACGAAGGAAAACGCGACAUGCUGCUCGGCCUCUUCGUGCCGGGGUGCAGCACAACAAAGGAAAUCGGUGCGACCCGUGUAGUCCCCGGUUCGCAUCUGUGGGGUGAUGAAAAGCCUGAUUUUGGACCGGACGGGAAUAAAGGCGUUCUUGAUGUCGAGCUACAUGCCACCGAGGCGUUUAUCAUGCUGGGGAGCACGUACCACGGCGGCGGGGAGUUCUCAGCAUCGAAGGGCAGUCGCAUGGUGCAUAUCAUGUUUAUGUGUGGCGGGGUUUAUCGGCAGGAGGAGGUGUCGUUCCUGGUGUACCCGGCUGAGGAGGUUAGGGGGUAUUCGAAGCUGGUGCAGCAGAGGCUGGGGUGGGUGCAGUCGGAGCCGAAUCUGGGGUGGGUGGAUUUGAUUUCGCCGGAGGGGUUGUUGCGUUGA